CGUCGCGUCACCCAUAUCUUGCCUUCCACCUCCACGACGGUCCUCAUCUCUACUUCCACCACACCUUACGACAGCCAUGCCCGCGUACCACUCCUCGUUCAAUGAAGUCCCCGACGUGCGCCAGGUCGGGAACAUGGCCUGCCUCCCCAUCAAGACCAGAAUCCGCGGCCCUGCUCCCAUAGCCGACCCCGAAGCCGCGGACAUCAUCGACGAGACGCUCGACCUCUUCCGCGCCAACUCCCUCUUCCGCAACUUCGAGAUCAAGGGCCCCGCGGACCGCGAGCUCAUCGUGCUCAUCCUCUUCGUCUCCGACUGCCUCGCGAAGCUCGGCGCGGCGCGCACGGUGCCCACCCAGAUCGAGGCGCAGAAGCUGCUCAACACGCUCGCGGUCGACCAGUUUGCGAUCCCGGGGGAUGCGGGGUUCCCGCUGAAUGCGCACUAUGCGCCCCCGGCGGGGAGGUCGGAUGCGGAAUUCCUCCGCCAGUACUUGACGCAGGUGCGCCAGGAGCUGGCGCUGCGGUUGAUCGAGCGGCUGUACGCGGAUGGGACGGGGAAGCCGUCCAAGUGGUGGAUGAGCUUCCAGAAGCGCCGCUUCAUGCACCGUGCGCUGUGAGCGUGCGCGCAGCAUAGGAAUGUACAAUAGAAUCCGUGGAUAUUGGAUCUACACGCGUUUGAUCCCUCGAUGGUCGUGCUAAUCCCAACCAACGCUUCCAUGCUUCAGCAAUAUCGCAACACCCAUGACAUCUAUACAAAAGCGACGCAUACGCGAAAUGCACCACCCAGAUCAUCAGGGUACGUCCCCUACCCUCACUUCUUACUCCGUCUCCGCUCGUUCGGGUUUUUCCUCCCAUACCCAAUGGAGGGCAUAUCCCCAUCCUUCCGCGACGUCCUCCCCUUCCCUCCCGCCCCC